AUGGCCCCAAAGCCCAAAAAAGCUGAAAAGAAAGGCGCUAAGAAGAAGGAGAUGAUGACGGUGGCAGUAAAGAAGGAAAUGAUUGAGAAGUACGAACGAGUUAUGCGAGUGACCGGAAUUGCAAGAUUGUAUAAGAAGUCUACGUCGACCAUUUGCACAAUAUUAAAGAAGAAAGAAGAAAUAAGGGGGGUAGAUGCAGCAAAAGGAGUCACAAGAAUAUCAAAGCAACGGCCACCUGUUCUGGAAGAUGUAGAAAAGUUGCUUCUGGUUUGGAUAAAUGAGAAGCAACUAGCAGGUGAUACUGUGAGUGAGAACAUUAUCUGCGAGAAGGCAAAGGCCUUGCAUACCGACCUCAUAAGUAAACUGCCAGGGACGUCUACAGAAAAUGAAGAACUCUUCAAGGCAAGCAGGGGAUGGUUUGAUAAUUUUAAGAGGAGAAGUGGCAUCCAUAGUGUUGUGAGGCACGGAGAGGCUGCGAGUUCAGACACUAAGGCAGCUGAGGCGAUCACUACCGAGUUCCAGAAGCUCAUGGUUUCCGAGGGUUACCUGGCGGAGCAAGUUUUUAACUGCGAUGAGACGGGGCUUUUAUGGAAGAAGAUGCCAAAGAGGACCUACAUUACAGAAGAAGAGAAUGCAAUGCCCGGUCACAAGCCCAUGAAACACCGUCUUACCCUCUUGUUUUGUGCUAAUGCAAGUGGGGAAUUCAAAGUCAAGCCCCUGCUGGUGUAUCGCUCCGAGAAUCCACGAGCCUUCAAGAAAUGUAAGGUGCAGAAGAGCCAGUUAAAUGUUAUGUGGAGGUCCAACAGCAAGGCUUGGGUCACUCGCAUCUUGUUCGUUGAGUGGAUCAACGAGGUCUUCGGUCCUGCAGUGAAGAAAUACCUUUUAGAAAAGAAUCUGCCACUCAAAGCAUUGCUGAUUAUGGAUAAUGCUCCUGCUCAUCCUCCAGGCCUUGAGGACGACUUACUGGAAGAAUUCGAGUUCAUUAGGGUUAAGUUCCUUCCUCCCAACACCACUCCAAUCCUCCAGCCAAUGGAUCAACAAGUCAUUUCCAACUUUAAAAAGCUUUACACCAAAGCACUAUUUCAGCGAUGCUUUGAGGUGACCGAAGGAACAAACCUUACCCUUCGAGAGUUUUGGAAAAAUCAUUUUCAUAUCGUGAACUGCCUCAAGAUCAUCGAUAAAGCCUGGGAUGGGGUCACCAAGAGAACCCUGAAUUCUGCUUGGAGAAAGCUGUGGCCUGAUUGCGUUUUUGGACAUGGACUAGAGGGGCCUGCUUAUGAACAGGAGUCGCCAGUUGUCGAUUAA